GAAAAAGUCAUCAUCGUGAAUUACUAAAUACCUCAGUCUUGGACAAGAUCAACCCUAGAAAACCGCCUGAUCGGAGAGAACUAGAGGAAAGAGCCAUGUCGGGACAGGAGGAGGAGAAGAAGCCGGCCGAUCAGGGCGCCCACAUCAAUCUUAAGGUCAAGGGACAGGAUGGGAAUGAGGUGUUCUUUAGGAUCAAGCGCAGCACUCAGCUGCGGAAGCUAAUGAAUGCCUACUGCGAUCGUCAGUCGGUGGAUAUCAAUUCUAUUGCUUUCCUGUUUGAUGGCCGUCGGCUGCGAGGGGAGCAAACUCCAGACGAACUUGAGAUGGAAGAAGGGGACGAGAUUGAUGCGAUGCUGCACCAAACAGGGGGUGGACUUGAGGUUUAAAGAUUCUGUCAAGUAUUUGUAACGAAUUAUGGAUCGAUCAGUUGUAUCGCCACAAGAUGCUUUGCCUGUGAAUUGACUAUUUAAGACUAUUUUAGUUGGUAGAUGGUAGUU